AUGAGCAACCGUUCGACCUCGACAUCGAGCACAACGAAGCAGCGAAAGAAACACACGCUGUCCGCGAGUGGUGAGGCAGCCGGUGGAGAACCGGAAGGCGAACUGAAGCCGCAAUCUCGGGAUGUGCCUCCGCAGCCCGGAAAGGACAGCACCGAAAGCAGCAGCAGCGAAAGCAGUGACAGUGGUGGGCGCGUCGUCAGCAGGAAGACCGCGCUGGGCGACCGGCAGUCGACGGCCGAAGUGGACUUCAAGAGUGAGCUCCUGGACGCCAACAUCCACGACUUCACGAGUAGCGACCAGAGCAGCAGCGCCGCCUCAAAGCGGCGCAGCAGUGGAGCACGUAAAGACAGCUGGAGGCCCGGUAGCAGUAGCCACGGUACCGAUGCAGCCGGUUCGCUGAGCGAAUAUUCCAACGACGUUGACACUUUGACCCACGCCACGACGCAGGCGUUCACAGCCGUUCCGGCGGCCUCGUCCACGGCCAUGCUCGUCGCACACGAAGAGCACGAGCCGAAGCACGAGUCUUUCCUCAAGACCAUCGCCAAGGCGUCCUUCAGCGUCUCCUCCUUUUCUUUCAACGAGCCGCUGGCUCAAGUGUCCAUCGCCUUUUUCUCAAUGUGUCUGCUCUUCGUGAUCGUCGCGUGCUCCGUGAUCGUCUACUCGUGCGGAGUGGGCGCCUGCUCGGAGGCCGGUGACCCUGCGAGCAACGGCACGCCAGAGGCGGCGGCGAGGGCGCACAGGAAAACGGACGUCUCGAAAAGCGGCCACUUGUAUAUGCCGUAGGCUAAAGCGACCGCCAUUGUGCUGUACGACGCCGCCAGCUCUCUGCCCACCGUUUGUGACGAUGACGCGCGCCCGCUGUAUGGGGGGCCCGCGUGGAAUCUGAGCGGCGCACAUGCUUCCCGACCUGCCUGCAAUAUUGAGCAGCACGGAGAACUUCGACACCACGUGACGAAAUUUAUGUCGUUCGUGUGAUAUGAAGCGCUAUUAAUAAUAAAUGAUGGAACGAAACUCUCGCUCCAU